AUGUCAAAUAGUAAUAAUAGCAGUAAUAAUAGUGUAAUAGUUUCAUCUUCACCAAUAUUUUCAUCAUCAUCCAACGUACCAAAUAAUAGUAAUAGUAAUAAUAGUAACAAUAGUAGUAAUAAUAAUCAAAUAAUACACCAUAACUAUGAAUUCGAAUUAUUUGUACAACAACCACCAGCAUCAUUAAAUUGUCCAUUACAUAAUGGCAUAUUUAAUCAACCAUUUAUUGCAAAAUGUGGACAUACAUUUUGUUCAAGAUGUAUAUUAAUAAAAUUAAAUAAAAUAAAUUCAAAUAAUAGUAAUGGUAGUAACAGCAGUAAUUCAUCAUCGUCAUCACCAACUUCAUCGCCAAUCAACAGCAGUAGCAGUACAAGCACAAGUGAGUUGUUAGUUGGAAUUUCAAAUAUUUCAAUUUCAUCUACAAAUUUGAAUCAACAUAACAAUCCUAAUAAUAAUCCCAAUAACAACAGCAAUAUUAUGAUAUGCCCAAUUGAUAAAACACCAUUAAAAGAGAAUGAGUUUUUUCCAAAUUUAGCACUAUCUAGUCAAAUUAAUGAUUUAUUGGUUUAUUGUCGUUAUGGUAUUAAAAAGAAUAAUAAUGGAGAUUUACUGCCUGAUGAUCAAGGUUGCCAGCAAAAAAUUCGAUUAGGUUCAAAAUUAGAUCAUGAAAAAGUUUGCGAUUUUGCAAUUAUAAAUUGCCCAUAUAAUAAACAAUGUCCACCUUUAAAGAGGUAUCAAUUAAAACAGCAUCAAUUGGUUUGUAAUCAUAUACAUUGCCCACAUAGAUCAGCAGGAUGUAUUUUUGAAGGUUCUAAAAUACAAAUUGAAGAACAUCUAUUAGGAUGUGUUUAUGAAGGUAUUAAAGAUUAUAUACAAAGAAACGAAGAGCAAAUUAAUUUAUUAAGAGGUCAAUUAGAGGAAAAAACCACCGAAAAUGAUGUUUUAAAAAAGAGUAUAUUACAAUUAACAGUAGGAUUUAAUCAGUUAGCAUCGAAAUUAGAAGCAAAAACCAACAAAUUCGAAGGUACUUUAAGACAUAUUCAAGCAUCAUUGGAAGCCACACAACACCAAUUAUCAGAGACUGUGCAUGACGUUAAUCUAAUUAAAAAGAAUUCAAAUUUAGAGACAGUGGAUAUAGUGGAUCUUAAAAUUCCAUUACUCAAAUGUAAAGGUACCUUUGUUGGUCAUAAUGGUCCCAUUUGGUGUAUGACGGUUACCAAUGGAAUGCUCAUUAGUGGUAGCUCUGAUAUGAAGGUUAAAAUAUGGGAUUUGGUAACAUUAAAGUGUAAACAGAUAUUGGUUGGUCACGAGGGAAUAGUUCACACAUUGGCUGUUAUUGGAAAUCGUUUAUUUUCAGGUUCAUCAGAUCAAACUAUUAGGGUUUGGGAUUUGGAAACAUUCGAGUGUUUAUCAGUCCUCAGAGAUGAUAACACUGUUUGUGCUUUGGUUGUAGCAGCAGGUUAUCUAUUUAGUGGGUCCUAUCAACAUAUCAAAGUUUGGGAUUUGGAAAGUUAUGAAUGUGUAAAUAUACUAAAAGGAAAUAAUCAUUGGGUAAGAGCGUUAACAGUAUCUGGUGGUUAUUUAUAUUCAGGUUCCUAUAAUGUAGUUAGAAUGUGGGAUUUGGCAAACUUUGAGUGUGUCCAAACUAUUACUGGUGGCUCUGGUAGUAUUUAUUCUUUGGCUGUUUCAAAUCGUCGUUUACUUGCUGGUACUUAUGAAAAUACGAUUGUGGUUUGGGAUUUAGAUAGCUACGAAGUUAUUAAACGUUUAGAUGGUCAUAUCGGUGCUGUAUAUACCUUGGCAGUAUCUGGUCAAAGUUUUUAUAGUGGUUCUUAUGAUUCAACUAUAAAGGUAUGGUCAUUAGAGUCUUUACAUUGCGUUCAAACAAUGAAUAGACAUACCUCAUCAGUAGAGUCUUUAGUGGUUAGUAGUGGUUGCGUUUUUAGUGGUUCAGCAGAUAGUUCAAUAAAAAUUUGGAGAUAA